GGGCGAGGCCGGGGGGGCCAGCCGAGGCCGAUUCUGCUGUGCCCUCACCGAGAAGACCAGGCCAUGCCUGCCAUCGCCAGCAGCCGGCUCCGCACCUGAGGUGCCUGCCCCAGCGAGGCCAUGGCAGCCGCCACCAUCGUGCAUGACACGUCGGAGGCGGUGGAGCUGUGCAGUGCCCACGGGCUGUACCUGAAGCCCAUCACGAAGAUGACGAUCAGCGUGGCGCUGCCCCAGCUGAAGCAGCCGGGCAAGUCCAUCUCCAACUGGGAGGUGAUGGAGCGGCUGAAGGGCAUGGUGCAGGCCCACCAGUUCUCCACCUUGCGCAUCGCCAAGAGCACCAUGGACUUCAUCCGCUUCGAGGGUGAGGUGGAGAAUAAGAGCCUGGUAAAGUCUUUCCUGGCCUGCCUGGACGGCAAGACCAUCAAGCUCAGCGGCUUUUCCGACAUCCUCAAAGUCCGAGCGGCCGAGUACAAGAUAGACUUCCCCACCCGGCACGACUGGGACUCCUUCUUCCGCGAUGCCAAGGACAUGAAUGAGACGCUGCCGGGAGAGAGGCCGGACACCAUCCACCUGGAAGGCCUGCCCUGCAAGUGGUUUGCUGCCAAGGACUCGGGCUCGGAGAAGCCGAGUGAAGACGUUCUGGUGAAUGUGUUCGAGAAGUUUGGGGACAUCCGCAAUGUGGACAUCCCCAUGCUGGAUCCCUACCGGGAAGAGAUGACCGGCAGAAACUUCCACACCUUUAGCUUCGGAGGUCACUUGAACUUUGAGGCUUACGUGCAGUACCGUGAGUAUGCGGGUUUCAUCAAGGCCAUGAAUGCCCUCCGAGGGAUGAAGCUGAUGUUCAAAGGAGAAGAUGGCAAAGCAGUGGCUUGCAACAUAAAGGUAUCUUUUGAUUCCACAAAACACUUGAGUGAUGCAUCAAUUAAGAAACGUCAGCUUGAGCGGCAAAAGCUUCAAGAGCUUGAAAAACAAAGAGAAGAACAAAAGCGUAAAGAAAAAGAAGCUGAGGAAAAGCAAAAGGAGGAAGAAAGGAAACAAAAGGAACUUGAAGAAUAUGAGAGAGAGAGAAAACGUGAAGAAAAGUUACGCAAAAGAGAACAGAAACAAAAGGACCGUGAAGUGCGCAGAAACAAAAAGCAACUUGAAAAAAUGCAAGCAGAAGAGCAGAAAAAACUUCAAGAAAAAAUAAAACUGGAAGAGAGGAAGCUUCUGCUAGCUCAGAGGAAUCUUCAGUCCAUUAGGCUAAUUGCAGAGCUACUGAGCAGAGCAAAGGCUGUAAAGCUUCUGGAGCAAGAACAUAAUGAAGAAAAACUCCGUCUUCAGCAGUUGGAGGAGAGGCGAAGACUGCAAGAAGCUGAACUUAGACGUGUAGAGGAAGAAAAAGAAAGAGCACUAGGACUGCAGCGGAAAGAAAAGGAACUAAGGCAGAAGUUAUUAAAUAAUCUACUGAGCAAAAAAAUGGAUGAGUUACAACAGAACAAGGAGGAAACAAAGGUAUCUCAGUCUGGCUUUUUGAAAACUGCGGUGGGUGGGGUUCCCCAAACUCUGUCAUCCAGCUGCAUAACAUCUACCUCGGGACAGUCUGUCGUAUGUAAGCUAACUCAGGUCUGUCAGAGGGAAGUAGUAUCCCAUGAAAGUGUGAACUCUCAAUCCAAGUAUUUAAAUGGAAAUCUUCACAGCGAAGCUCAUGUCAAGGAAAGCAAAAAACUUAAUUUCAUUAAUAUUGAAAGCUGUUCUGAUAAGAAAAGUUCAGGUGUACUUUCUUGUAUUCCUUCUAAUAACCAGCAACACAAGAGUAUGCCAAGCCAAGACCAAAAUAUUUGCAGGAAGGGCCUGCACUCUGAACAAGGAAAGUGUAACAGAGAGCCAAGUAGGGGGAAUAUCGACACAAAUACAGAUGAUGGUAAGGACAAAAGAGAGAGGAGCAAAACCAGAAGAGACUUGAGUAAUCAGGAUGAAAAAUCCAGUAAAGAAAGAAGACUCCAUAAACACUCUAGUAAAAGUUACAGCCCUCACCGAAGAAGUAUAAGCCCAGAUCCUACCCGUUAUAAGAGGGCCUUCAGUAGUGAGAGUAAACGUGUCGAAGAGAGAAGUCACAGUCGCAAAAGCCUCAGCAAGAAACGAAGACACCGAAAGAGAUCACUGAGCAAACAAAGAAGUACUUGGAGCAGGUAGUAGAGGGUAUAGCCUUUUCUAAAGGCUGUUACAGGACAGAUUAGGACCAGAAGGUCCUAUGUGUGACUACUGUGGAAGGAAAAGAAUAAAAAACAACUUUCAGAUACUGGUGAAUAUCUAACUUGAAUUGUAGUUCAUGGAACCAAGAUACAGAUAACAUUUUGUUGGUGUUUCUUUGUGAUCUGUUGUCUUUUUUUUUUUAGAUUACCACAAUAAUGAAGGUAUAACCACUUGUGCUUGAGUUUCAACGGUCUUAAUAGUCAACUAGGUUUUCAUUCACUUCCAGUUUUCUAAAUCUUCUCAUUAGAUCACUUAGGUUUCAAAAUCUGCAUCACGUCUUCUGGUUUAAGAGAAAUAUGUAAGUGCCAGCUAUCAGGAAUUCCAGGUUUAGGAAGUUAUUGUAUUCAAAAUAUUUGAUUAAACAUUUUCUUGUGCGUUUAAUGAAACCAGACGUAACAAAGCAAAACGUUUGCUAAUUGAGCCAGGGGCAAUAUUUUUGUAUAUUUGCUAGACGUAACCCUAAAGUUUUACAAAAUACCUUUUAAAUUUGUGCUGUAAUGCUUCCAUUUUUCAUUGAGAUUUGUAUACUUGCUGUAAAGCUGCAGGACCCAAAUGACUGUGGCAUGUAAUGCCAUUGAUAUAUUUCAAAACUUCUUUCCAUUUCAAGUAGGUUCACUAUUAUGCUUUUAGGACACCAGGAAAUAGGAGUAAUUGGAAAAAUGGUCAGAAAGCUAUUUUCUUCUUUAAAGUGUUUAACUUCUUAAUUAUUCAAAGUAGUUUCAAAUCAAUUAAAGACUUGUUUCAAGUAUAUAGGUGGUUAGAUGUUGUUUUUUUCAAAAGGGGCCUUCUUGCUAAAUUAUUUUUACUUGCAAUGUUCAUAUUCAAGGCUGCAAUAUACCUUAUUAAAGAACUUUUAUAAUAUUUUGCUUCUGCACAUGCAGCUCAGGUAUAUUAAAAAAAAGUUGUAACUUUACAGUGAAAGAACAGGUUGGUUUGCAUUUUUAUGGUAAAAUUGAAGAAGCUAUUUCCAGUGAACCAGAAUUGCUGUUUUCAUAUGUCAGUAUAUUAAAAAUAUACAAAAAAUACUAUA